CUGAUCUCGAUCAUUUUUCAAACAAUGGAAACCUCGAGAUUUCGCAUCAACAGAUCUUGGAACGGGGAAGGUUUUCCACAUUUUAGUAGACCAGAGGUAUCCGGCUGCUUUAGUCUAAACGAAAACAGAGAAUUUCUGCCAAACACUGUGCAAUUGAAAUACUUCAAUGCAUCACCUUCGGAGACUGUCAAAUUUGACCUGAAAGUGGGUUAUGAUUUGGUUAUACGAAAAACAGCCGAAGCCGAUAAUGAGAGAUUGGAUCACUUGUUACGGUGGAUUCUUUUGAAUUGCCACAAGAUUCGUGCUCCACCUGAUUCCAAUCGAUGGUUACAGCCUCAUUUUGUAUGCUUCCGGGGUUUACUGACAAUGCUUUGGUGUACUCCAUUUGAGAAACAAGAGGGAUGGAUAAUUUGUGCAUCGAAGUGGCAGGGCACGAUAUACCUUUGCGCCUUUGAUACAGAGGAGAAAAAGCUACGAAAAAGCAACAUAUCUAAAAAGCAGUUACAAUUCAUGUCCUGGGGAUUCAAAUUUGAGCAAUAUUUACUGACUGAUUCACCUGGACAAGCAUCAGACACUUCUAAGCCUGUUAAUGAAGGUGAAGAAUUUUGCUGUAUGUUCACAUCCCGCCUUGGCAAUAAUAGAUUAUUGUACGGCGCGGAGAUGGAUGGGGUUUCAUCCAAUGAGGUUUUAAGAGAGCCGAUUGACUGGAAAGGGGUUAAAUUUGUGGAACUGAAGACAAGUCGAGUUAUUGAAAACAGGCGUCAGGAGGAAAACUUUAGAAGAUACAAGUUAAUUAAAUGGUGGUGCCAAAGUUUUUUGGUCGGCAUCGAAAACGUUUGUUGUGGAUUCCGAGAUGACGAUGGUAUAGUUAGAAAUUUAACCAAUUACAGCGUACCAGAGAUGACUAGAAUGUCAAAGGGAAUUUGGAAUGCUUCGGAGUGUAUGAACUUUUGCAAUGAAUUUUUGAAUUUUGUCCAAUCAGUAGUUACAAAAGACUAUAACGAAUGUGUCUACAAAUUCGAGUGGGUACCAGGGAAUGAUGUGCAGGUUCAUCAGAUGGACAGUGAAUCUAAGUACUCUUUCCUUCGUCCAUGGUUCAUCGAUGAAGCCAAAGUACAAAUGACGAGACGGUAAUAGGUUAUUCAAAGCUUAAGAGACAAAAUUGUAUAAAAAAUAAACGUGGUCAUUCACUGUGACAUUUUA